CUUUGGCAAAUAAAGAUCAAAUGUUCAGAAGCGCCGUGAAAAUGGUCGGAUAUGUGUGUAACAUCGGCCUCCCUGGCUGCAGUACGCGCUCCCUACACACGGGGAACAAAUGCUCACAAGGAAACAGCAUUUUGCAGAAAACAGGAAAUGUCGGUUUCCAUGGAUACCAUGAGCUACAAACUUGCCUGCAGUAAAUUUUCGGGAAAAUGGCUAAAGGGAACGACUACCGUAAGUAUGACUUGGCACGGCUGCAAGUAGAAAUCGAAGCAGAAAGAGAGCUAAAAGAGAUGCUCAUAGGAUCUGUGUGCGACCUGCGAUGUACUGUGGCAGAACUGCAAGAAAGAUUACGUAGUGUUGAUGGGGAAGGUAAUGAAUGGAAGACGAGGUUUGAAACACAAGUAGAACUAAAUGGACUGUUGGAGAGACAGAUUUCACACAUUCAACAGAGGCUGGAGAGCAUCAAAGGAAACCCUGUUGAUCGAUUGGCUUUUAUCCGAUUAUAUGAAGACAUGGGACUUGAAAUGCUUAAACAUCACCUAUCGGUCCUGACUGAGGAGAAAACUGACCUCCAUAAUCAGCUGAAGAAUUGCCAUCUUCAAAUGGAACAGGAGGGAAAGGCAUUCCAUAAAACCAAUGAUGAAAGGCGGGCAUACCUUACAGAAAUAGCUAUGUUGUCUUCAGUCCGUGAGCCGCAGAGACGACAGUAUGCCAACCAGCGACAGGGGGCACCAGAGAGCAAACAGAUCAGAGGAAAAGAUGUCUGUAGGAAAGCACCAGCUGGUUCUAACAAAGGAACGGAGGAGGGAUUAACAGAACGUCUGAAUGAAGGCGGAGGAGGUGGUGAUUCAACAACAGAGAGGGGAAUGAAGAAGAAAUCCCAAAGGGAAAGCAGGUUACCCACCCUGAAGCAUCGGGAAAAACAUAAUCCUUAACCAAAAUCUGUUCCCAUGGAUAUUUGCAGGGUUCUUUUAUUGGGGGUAAUUAUCCUUGUACAUUUCUGUCAGCGUUUUGUUUAGGCUUUUAUUUAUUUUCUCAAAGUCUGAUUUAAAUACUUAUUCAAAUGUACUUAUAUAGAGGUAUGAACCAUCAGAAAUCAGACUUUUCUUGCACACACAGGCAGGUAUUUCACUCUUUUACCAAGACAUUUGCAAAAGUCUUUCAUCGUGACUUAAGAGUAAGCUUAUUCUGCUACUUUAGAACUCAGUAAUCUUGAGCACAAACUGCUUCCAGCCAUUUGACUAGUUAGCUGGUGUUUUGGAACCAUCUGUUCCUGAAAACUUCAAUGACAGAGUUUUGCAACGUGGGACAUUCACGUCAAAGACUACGACCGUCUCUACUUUGGGUCACCUGCUCUGCCACUGAGUCAUGAAGCAUCCAAAACUUAACUUUUACUUUCAUUUUUUUCUAAUUCGUGCACCUGUGUUAUAGAUGAAACCCUGUUCACUAAACACGAUUAGUGUUUGUUCUGUUACCAGCUCGGUUCUAAAUCCAGAAAGCAGGAUGUUUGUAGUGAGCUUUCAGGAUAGAAAAAACUACGGUGAAAGCCAUCUCCUAUUCAAGACAAUUAAAGAGCUGAUGCAACCAGAACAAAAACAAGUUUGUUCAGAGAAAAUAAACAACCUUUUCUGAUGUAAAGUUAGGCUCUACCUAUUAGAUUAAUCUAUGGUGAUUCUGGUGCUGGUAGUUAAUGGAAUUAAAGAUUUCUCCUUUUAAUUUUCCUUUCUUUUUCUCUCAACAUUUUCCUUCAGUUAAGUGAGGCAAAAUAAAUCUAAAUUACAUCUGGCAACCCUGCUUUUGAAUUUUAUAGACUUUUGAUACAGUUAGGUCUCUAUUCAGCUAAUAAUACUUUGACCCUUCAUUCUCAGGUCCCUUUGAAAUGUUUAAGUAGUUCCAUGUUUUUGUUGCUUUUACUUAAUUCAUUAAAAAUAUUCUAAUAUUAUUUCAAAUUACAUCUUUUGUUUUUAUUAUUGUUUCGAAACUGACAAUUCUACUCAGUUUUUAUAGAAUUGUCAAUAGUCAAAUUCUCAGAAUAAACACAUUUUAGACAAAUGUAUUUCAUUCCUCUUUAAAGUAUUUCAUAAGAUGUCAAUAUAUUUGAGACAGUUAAAAUAAAAAUAUAUUAAAAAUGAGACUGAUUAAGUGCUGAUACAUAAUAAAUAUUAUCAAAUGUACUUGUAUCUCGUAAAGUAAAAUGUUGCAAUAUUUUUGUAGUAUUUGUAUGCAUAAAUAAAU